GAAUAUGAAUAACAAAUAAAGCACCAUUUUUUAUUUCCCCAGUGGUUCCAAGUUCAAAGCAUUGUGUGCAAGAGCAGCUCAACUUGUGUCUCUCACACACGGAGACGGAGGCAGCUCCGUAUUUCUGAAGAAGCAAUAUGCAGGCAAGUGAUAGGUUUAACAUCAAUUCCCAACUUGAGCAUCUCCAAGCUAAAUAUGUUGGAACUGGUCAUGCCGAUUUGAACAGAUUUGAGUGGGCGGUGAAUAUUCAGCGUGAUAGCUAUGCUUCAUAUAUCGGCCACUACCCUUUACUUGCAUACUUUGCUAUUGCUGAAAAUGAAUCCAUCGGGAGAGAACGCUACACCUUUAUGCAGAAAAUGCUCCUACCCUGUGGUCUCCCUCCAGAAAGAGAAGAAGAUUGAGAAUUUCCAUCUGGAUCACAACGGGUCAAAUCACAACAGUUUUAUCCUUUGAUAAUUCAUUGUACUGUGCUAUUCUGAUUGGAAACAUAUGGUUGUUGAUUAGAGGUUACUGAAUCAUCUUUCUCUUUCUUGUAGACGCUUAAGCUUUGGUUAUAAUGCAGCUUGGAAUAUUGGCUCGA